AUGGAGAAGGUGCCGAGGAUGAAGCGGCAGAGUCCUAUCGAUUCGCCGUCUCCGUCGUUGAUGAGCAAGUUGGCGUCGAUUGAGGAGGUGGAGAUGGGCAGUCCGCUGCAUAGAUCGUUGAGCAUGGACAACCCAGUGUUUUCCAUCGCCGACGACGAUGAUCCGGACCCGAUUGUUCAUCUACAGCUUGCAAGGCCGGAUAGUCUACAUCAUUUGGCGAGGAUUGAGGAGACCGACGAGGAGCCGGAGGAUUCUGACCCUGCACCUCAUCUGAUGUCAACCCUCGGUCACCUUGGUUCCCCUAUCGGAGGACUAGCCCUUUUUGAUGUAGACCUCGAAGGCAAACUACAAAUGGAUCGAGCCCCAGAUUCUGAUGACGAGCUUCCGGAACCCAAGCCAAAGACCCACCGUCACCCUGGGUCACUCCGUCGAUUCCUCUCCGAAAAGACAGCGCCACUCAGAGCGCUUUCUAAAAAGCAGCCACGUCGUCUUACAACCCGCGAAAUCGAGAGCCAGGACUUGGAAAAAUUAAGAAGAAGGCUGACGAGGAAUUGGAUCAGCCGGUCACAGUUCAGUCCUGAAGAACAGGAGCCGAUCGAGGAGGCUGAGCCAGGAAACGAGCAGAUAAUGGAAGACCCACCUCCAAGAUUUGAAGAUCUGGAACCGGACUCUGGAAUCGGGAGGUCCGACAGCACGCCUUCGCGUUUGGAGGAGCCCGUCUGGGAGCAGCAGGGUAGAUGGAUGAAUAAUAAAGAGGCAAAAUCCUCAAUGAUCACUGCUCUCACAGCGUUCUACUGUUUAUUCGUGACGAUAUUUGCGUUGGUGCUGGAGCUGGGACACCUUUUAUCCGGGGAUGAAGAGCGGAAGAUGAAUACGAAGGACUGGAUUUUCGGCCUCUACAUGUACGGUGGAGCGCUCGUAUUCUUUAUCUACAUGUAUUCCGUACUUUUAUUGAAUCCUAAAUGGUUUUCGCCGCUGGUCGGGCUAAAGCGUUUCCUGAAGCGUCGAGUCUCCGAUUCCACAUCCGGUUCAACCUCCGAAGACGCCGAAUCCACAGCAAAUUCCGGAGCGGCAACAAUUCGAAAAGUUUCUCACACCUCUCCAUCGGCUGGCAGUCUUUUCCUACGCCUAGGAUGCAUAGCGUUUGGCGUCAUUGGGCUCGUCUACUACGCAUUUCUCGUAUUUUUAUGCAUAUCGGAAGAGAAGUGCCCGAGAUUACAAGCAGCCCUGGAUAUUUCUGCGAUAGUCUUCAUUUUUAUCCAGAUGCACUUUAUCUUUUGUAAUUGGAAGAUAGCAAUCACUGGUGCCCAUUCCAUUGCAAGACUCGGCACCAUGCACUUGGUAGCCGCCAAUCUUUGGUCGUGGAUUCGGUACAUCCUAAUGGAAGAGGGUGUGAUGGAGAAGGAGAUACGUGAGGUCUUCAAUGAACUCGGCAAUAAAACCUUGAGUGGCCAUGGGAGCAGCAAAGAGUCAUCAGCUUCCGCUGAAGAUAUGAACACAGAAAAUCUCAUCGCCGAUUUUGACAUGAACAAAUGUCGAGCGGCCGAGUGUAUUCUAGGAUCCCUCUCGGAAGUGAUGUACACGGCCAUCGUCGAGUACUCUCUUAUUGGAGCGGCUGUGAUGUUUAUUGUCUGGCGUAACAUCGGGCAUCAACAGCAAGAAAACACGAAUGGAUAUGUUAAACGGAAGCAUCAGAUUCGAGUCGAUUGUAGCAAAACGACGACGGGUCUUUUCCUCGGCCUUGCUUUCCUGGCCAUGUCCUUCACCUCGAUGGUCGUCUACUACGGCUACAGCUCCUUGAAACAAUCGAAAAAGGCAGCUUAUGUCUAUUCGAUUACGGAUAUUAUUCAGUACACCUUCUCCUCAAUCGGCUGCGGCAUUGCCAUCUACCAAAUGAGAAAACUUCAAUACUACGGUGUAAAAGAUGGAAAGCAUGAUAAAGCGCAUACGGAGCUUCUGGACCAAAUUCUGCUUAGUUUGGGGCUGGUGGGAGAGUUGAUCUACUCCGUAGCCGGACUAGUCGGGUUGACCGGUGAUCGGCACUGGGUUGAUCUCGCUUUUGUGCUGCUGGCGGUGCAUAUUUGUCGACUUGUGCAGGUCGGCCUCCAAACCUUUCUCCUCUACAUCGCUGGUCGAGUCCGAGUAUCGGAGGCCGACCGGGUCACCCAACCCGGAAAACAAGCCGUCACCUUCCUCCUCAAGGCCGGCGUAUCAGAAAUUAUCAUAGAUUUCUACGGAAAGCGCUCCUGGGUCUACCUCGUGCGCAGUUUCUCGCCUCUCACGAUCUUUUAUCGGUUCCACAGCUCCUAUGGAUUCCUGAUUAACGUUUCCGCCCAAUUUGCCGUCCAAUUGGCCGUCGAGAUACUCUACACCGCCACCGAAUUUCGAUCGAAUUCAGCGGCUAUAAAUUACACGGGUUAUUCGAUGGCCAAGGACCCUAAUUUGUAUCUGAGCAUUUUAAUUGUUGGG